AUGCGUCUUCCCACUCUACUCUCCAGGAAGAGCAGGCAGCAGGCGAAGGGAGAUGCCAAGGAAACUGUCGACAAGGCCUCGGAGGCAGCACGCAAUGCAGCCGCGGCUGCUUGCCAGGGAGCUCAAGAUGUAGCUGACACCUCCGCCAGCUAUGUUGAGAAAGCAUCGGAUACAGCGGUGGCUGCAGCACGCGAGGGCGCACAGAAUGCGGCUGACACAUCGGCAACUUACAUGGAGAAGGCUCGCCAGGGUGCCCAAGACAUGGCAGAUGCCUCAGCACCUUACGUGGAGAAGGCUCAGCAGGGUGCUCAAGAUAUGGCUGACGCCUCGGCACCUUACGUGGACAAGGCUCGCCAGGGUGCCCAGGACAUGGCGGAUGCCUCAGCACCUUACGUGGAGCAGGCUCGCCAGGGUGCUCAAGACAUGGCUGAUGCCUCGGCACCUUACGUAGAGAAGGCUCGCCAGGGUGCCCAGGACGUGGCGGAUGCCUCAGCACCUUAUGUGGAGCAGGCUCGCCAGGGUGCUCAAGAUAUGGCUGAUGCCUCAGCACCUUAUGUGGAGCAGGCUCGCCAGGGUGCUCAAGAUAUGGGUGAUGCCUCGGCACCUUACGUGGAGAAGGCUCGCCAGGGUGCCCAAGACGUGGCGGAUGCCUCAGCACCUUACGCGGAGCAGGCUCGCCAGGGUGCCAAGGAUGCUUGUGAUGCAUCCGCUCCCUACAUUGAGAAGGCUCGCCAAGGCGCAAAGGAUGCGGCUGACGCAUCAGCACCUUACAUCGAGAAAGCUCGUCAGGGCGCCCAGGAUGCGGCUGAUGCAUCGGCACCUUAUGUGGAGAAGGUUCGCCAGGGUGCUAAGGAUGCGUGUGAUGCAUCCGCUCCCUACAUUGAGAAGGCUCGCCAGGGCGCGAAGGAUGCCGCUGAUGCAUCGGCACCUUACGUGGAGAAGGCUCGCCAGAAUGCCAAGGAUGCUUGCGAUGCAUCCGCUCCCUACAUUGAGAAGGCUCGCCAAGGCGCAAAGGAUGCGGCUGACGCAUCAGCACCUUACAUCGAGAAAGCUCGUCAGGGCGCCCAGGAUGCGGCUGAUGCAUCGGCACCUUAUGUGGAGAAGGUUCGCCAGGGUGCUAAGGAUGCGUGUGAUGCAUCCGCUCCCUACAUUGAGAAGGCUCGCCAGGGCGCGAAGGAUGCCGCUGAUGCAUCGGCACCUUACGUGGAGAAGGCUCGCCAGAAUGCCAAGGAUGCUUGCGAUGCAUCCGCACCCUACAUGGAGAAGGCUCGCCAGGGUGCCCAGGAUGUAGCCGACGCAUCCGCGCCUUACCUCGAAAAGGCGCGUCAGGGAGUUCAGAGCAUGGCCGACGCCUCGAGGCCCUGGUUCCAAAAGGCCACGGAAGCCGCACGCCAGGGCGCGCAGAAGAUUUCGGAAGCUUCAGCCCCAUACCUCCAAUCGGCCUCAGAGCAAGCCGCCAGCGCCGCCAGUGCAGCUCGCACGAAUGUGGAGAGUGCCUUCAGCAACCAGGACUGGGGCUGGCUGUCGUGCAAAAGCUGCCAGGCAACCACCUCCGAUGAGGUGGUCGUGGCUGCGGGGGCUGCAGGGGACAGAGUUCAGUAG